AGUUGGCUCCAUUCAGUGCGUAGCAAGCAUGCUUGGUCACGCGUAUUCCCUCGCCGGUUGUCCCCAACAUUCGUAACUCAAGUGCUUUACCACAAUUUAAAAAAAUUUCCAGUCUUAUUUAUCUGCAAUUUGACUUUCCUACCGGCACCUUAGAUUGUGUAAACUGCCAUCGGCGCGGUCUCGAUUUGCGGGAGUUACUGGUUGGUAUCAAGUCAGUUGCUAUUUCGACAUCUCGAGUAUUACAAGUAUCGACAGACGAGAAAUCACGCGAUUCAUUCCUUUCGUUCAAUUUAUAGAUAUUAAAUAGUUGCAAAUUUGAAAAUUCAACGUAGUUGUUGAAUUAUCUUUUACCGCGCAUGAAGUUCAUCGCAUCAGCGGAAAGAAAGUAAACUCCUAAUUCCUCGCAUCAUAAGAAUUCGUCACGAGUUACUUCAAUGAUAGUUACGCCACAUUGAGUGAAGGUGUCAUAUAUAUAUAUAUAUAUAUAUAUGCAAGAAAGGGUUUUUAAUAACUUUAAUAAAUUGGUGUAUUAAUGUAAAGUUUGAAAAAUAAUAAAAAAAACGACGAUACGUUUAAUUCUGCAGGAAAUCUAUUAUUGAAGGUGAUGAUUAGUUGAAUACCAUAGGCACUCCACUCCGACUUUUUGUCAGCAAAUUUGUAAAAUUGGAGUCAGACCUCUUUCUAAUGGAAUGUUCAUUUAAAAAAUGCAGUUCUUUUAUUCGGUGCAGUUAAUGAUAAGUGCAUUCCAUCGAGUUUAACGGAGAAAAAAUUUAUUCUCAUCGAGCUGAAUUUUCCAAUGAAACUUUGAAAUGUGUUCGAGAUUGCUAUUUUUCUUCAUUGUUUGUAUUAAUUUGGGAUUCGGUGAGCAUGCGGAGUCGAAUAUACUGCGGUUAAGUAGAUCGCAGAAAUCAACCUCAGCAGCUAGCAAAAUAUCUACGGAAAAUUUGAAUGGUAGCAGUGGAUUCAUCGAACGACAGACUACCGAAGGUUACGAUCGACUGGCAGUCUUUAGCAAGAACAAUCCAGAAUUGGAUUGGAAAAGUUAUUUAAAUAAUAAUUUAAACGAUGAAGAUCGCCCAAGAGAUUUAGAUGUCAAUUUCAUGGGAGAGAAAAUGGAAAUGAGUGCCAAUAGCGUGCAGUGGUUGAAUGACAUUUAUGAUCCUCUCAGGUGGGUCAGAAUACCGGGAAGACUUGCGGAAAAUUGUCGCAGGGAUAUGGAAUCUUUCAUCAAAGCACUUAAAGAUGGAAAAUUAUGGGCUGCUAGAAUGUCCGAUGCAAGCGGUCGUUACAGUUCGCAGUUUUAUUUCGGCAAUGGUUUCUGGUUGGGAUCAAGCAGCCUGUGUCGAGAGCUAAAUAAUACUGGAAUUAACGGUAUCGAUGGAAUACCUGGAAUAGAUAUACCACCUUAUUCAGUUAAAUUCCACGUAGCCAGAAUUCGUCUGGAUUUUCCGAGUGACAUUGAACCAUCAACACGACAAGUAUUUCUAGGCCUUUGUCUGCCGAUAACUUGUAAUCGUACCUCUGUAUCAUCACUGCUUCGAGCAAGUGCUGAUAGAGUUGAAAAAAUAAGCAACGCCACCCAUCACUCAGCAGGAUUACGGAUGACAAUUGUGACGGUUAAACCCAUACCAUCGAGCGAAUAUUCCAUAUUGAACGAUCCAAAAGUUUACAUUCUUGGUUCCGUUGCAGGAGUGAUUUUUCUUCUGAUGAUAGUGGCAACUAUUAACCAAUACCAAGAAGUAACAUCAGAAGCUCAUAUUGAGGCGACUUCCUACAGAAUAAAUAAUAAUGAGGAAGGUAUCUAUGUGGAUCGAAAUUUGGCGGAUGACCGGAGGAUUUCCAUGAUUCAGAAGACUGAAAAGGAAUGCAUUACACCUGGGAGGGAGGGCUCUUCACCACAACGAACUAGAAAGCCUCAGUCGGACAAAAAAAGAGGUUUAUGGAUGAAAUGUCUCCUAGCAUUCAGCCCGCUACUUAAUGGUGCAAAAAUAUUGAGUACAGAACCUGCAGCAAGAGAUAGUCUCACAUGCUUACACGGCUUACGCGUAUUCUCUUUAGGAUGGGUAGUUUUGGUUCACACGUAUCUACAGGUAUUCUCCAUUGCCGAAAACAAGACCCUGCGGACUGUCACCGAGAGGAACUUCAUGUAUCAAACAAUCAGCAAUGCGACAUUUUCGGUUGAUACCUUCUUCUUCAUCAGCGGUUUGCUUGUGACGAUUUUAUUCUACCGUUCUACGGGGCACGUAAAUUUAAACAAUAACCACUUCCUAAAAACCAGUUCAAGAAAGUUCAUAAUUAUGAUUGUUUACAGAUUUAUCAGAUUAACACCAGCCUAUCUCUUCGUAUUGGGGAUGAACGAAAUAGCAAUGAAAUACACUCAAGCCCGAACAGUUUUUUCUCCGGCCAUCAUCGAUCACGUGACGUGUGAGAAAUUCUGGUGGAGAAAUGCUUUGUACAUCAACUCGCUUUACCCAAGAACGGAAAUGUGUAUGUUGUGGAGCUGGUAUAUGGCUAAUGAUACACAAUUCUACGUGCUCGGUAUCUUCUUUCUCCUAGUUUCUAUGAAAUAUCUCAAAUUUGUUGCUGGAACAGUAUUUCUACUGAUCGUUUCUUCUUGGUUCACAACAUUUUCUAUUGCGUAUAGCAAUGAUUACGUAGCACGAAUCCAGGAGCCAUUCGCUUUAUUUGAUGAACUCUAUGACAAGCCGUGGUUGAGAGCUGGCCCCUACUUUAUAGGGGGAAUUACAGGUUGGAUAUUAUUCAAAACGAAUUGUGGAUUGCGAACGCCAAUGUGGGGCAAAAUCAUUGGAUGGACAAUCUCAGGAGGGACUAUGGCAGCUGUUGUAUAUGGUCUGUAUGCAGGUGAUCUUGGAGUAACUAUAAGCUCAAUUUAUGCCGCACUUGGGCAUAGUGCAUGGGCUAUCGCUGUGGCUUUUAUUGUCGUACAGUGCUGCACUGGCUCAGCUUCUUUUGUUAAUGGACUAUUGUCACUCAAACUUCUCUAUCCCCUGUCGAGACUUACAUAUUGCGCAUAUUUGGUACAUCCCAUUAUAAUGAUGAUCACUAGUAUGCAAAUGGAUGGGCCGUUGCAUCUUCAUAAUGGGCUCGUUCUAAUCCUGUACUUCGGUAAUCUCGUUGCUUCCUAUCUGCUGUCUUUCUGUGUCUCAAUAACGUUGGAGGCACCUAUCGUAAAUCUUCUAAAGUUUGGAUUUCCCUCGAGUAAAGAUAGAAGAUAAACAAAAAAUGAAAAUUGGAGGAUAACGAGCGAAAAGUUUAAAAAAAAAGCCUGGUCAUAAAAUAGAGUACAGCCACCAACAGGACGCAGCAAAGGUGGUUAUAUUAAUUACGAUACCCGUUCUGUAAAUAUGGCUAAGGCAAAAUGAACAUAAGGAAAGUACCCCUUCUAAAAUGCCUCUAUGUGUGUGAGUUAUAGUUGUCGAAUAUUGCUUUGGUGCUUGAAUUAAUUGCCCUCCUUUUUUAGCAACGGCAUAUGUAAUGUCAUUUUAUAUAAUUCACCUGCAAUUAUCUGUGCAUGUGAAAGUUCCAUCUAUGAGAUCGAGGGCCUCAUACAGAGGAGACCGGUACGAAAUGGAUCCAAAUUUGAAGCAAACGUAACGUUAACCAUUGCAUCGAGCUUGACAUGCAAGCUGGAGUUAGAAUUAUAAUUCGAAGAUUAGCCAAAUUUGACCUCUUUAAUAUGUUUGUCGAAGACGAGUAAUUUUUGCCUCCACAAAAAGCAGGGAAAUUAAGUCAAGUACCAAGCAGAUCAGAAAGAAAGAUUGUAAUAAUUUUGUAUGAUAUUCAAAUGUAAUAUAAAAAAAAUCUGUACCUGUAUGAGAUGUAGAUUAAAAUAAAAGCGGGAAUAUUUUUCUACGGUAAAUAAUCCGAUUUCGAUAAAUAUUGGGAAUUUGCCGAAUGGUGACCAAAAUAAUAAAUUAUUUUGACCGCUUAA